AUGAAGACCAGAAGCUUCUUGGUCCAGGUUGUGGUCCUUCUCGUCCUUGGGACGCUGGUGGCAGAGGCAGCUAUUGUAAGAGAACCAGUCAAAGGGCAAGAUCCAGUCAAAGGGCAAGAUCCAGUCAAAGGACAAGAUCCAGUCAAAGGACAAGAACCAGUCAAAGGUCAAGAUCCAGUCAAAGGUCAAGAUCCAGUCAAAGGUCAAGACCGAGUAGGAGGUCCAUUCCUCACUAAGCGUGGCUCCUGCCCCAGGGUCCUGAUCCGGUGCGCCAUGAUGAAUCCCCCUAACAAGUGUCUGAGAGAUGCUCAGUGCCCAGGAGCCAAGAAGUGCUGUGAAGGCUCUUGUGGGAAGGCCUGUAUGGAUCCCCGGUGA